AUGCCGCUACCAAAAGCAACUCUUGUAAUUGUCUCCGGUGCUUUCCACGACCAAGACAUGUUCGAACCGGCUAUCCCCUGGCUCUGCCGGACAGGGCACCCGCUGGACUUCAACGUCAAGCUACCCAGUGUAGGCAACAACUCGGCGAGUAGCCUACAGGAGGACGCAGAUGCGAUUCGGAAUAGAGUGUUGGAUGUCUUGGACAACGUGGAUGGGGGCAACAACGUUGUCAUGGUGCUGUUCUCUUACGGAGCUGUGCCGGCAGUACAGGGACUCGUCGGUCUCGACCAGAAGACUCGUGAGAGUCAUCUGGAACAGUUUGGGAAUUGGGCCAAAUUGCAGGAUUUGACGGCGGAUCCUCCGGUUGAAUUCAAGGAUGGCGUGGCGAUUUUCAUAGCUGGCCCUGACAUCUUCUACAAUGGACUUGACGAGGAAAUCAAGGCUCAUUUCUACACCAAGUUAAAGACCCAAUCCGCAGCAUUAGUUUUCCCUCUUGACCUAUCUCUCCUGGACCCCAUCACUCAAGCUGCCUACUUGGAUAUCCCCAGCUGGUACCUAGUCACCAAGCUCGAUAAUAACAUGCCGCGAGACUUUCAGAUCCUCUGUACGAAAGUCAUUGGAGAGAAGCUGGAAAAUGUUGAAGAGAUUGAAACUGGCCAUAGUAGCUUCUGGAUUAGACCAGACCUUGUUGUGGACUACAUUCUGCGGGGUGCCCGGAGUGCUGAGAAGGGUUUAUCAUGA